CAACGCUGUCGGUUCGUCGGCUUUUCCGGAAAUUCCCUGCGCUUAUUUCUGUCUUGGUGACGCGUUGUUUCGACGUCCGUUCUGCUGCUUUGCAUUCGAAAACCCCCCGACCAGCCACGCCCCCCUCCCAACCGCCCCAAUAAUAUCUCCGACGUGCGACUGUGUGAGUGUUUUAGCAAAUGUUGAAAGGCAGUAGAAACGGCAGUAAAGGCAGCAUGGCCCAAAUGGUAGGGCGAGGGGCGCGGUGGUUGGCAAAUGAAAAGCCCGUGGAAAGCCGUGCAUACUGAGUAAUGAUUUUCGUGUGUGAAAAUGAAAAUUGUUUUGCUGCGCGUGUUAAAUAAAAACACAAAAAUAAAUAGCAUCAAAAAAUAAGUGUGUAAAAAAAGUGCAAAAUGUUAAAGGAAAACUAAAACCAAAAAUCAAAAAGAAAAAUAAAACCAGGAAAUCUCAAAUAAAAUGCCAGCUUCCCGUUCCAUACACACACAGUCUAAGGGAAAACUGAAACCUGAUUUUAGCCCAUGAAUGAACUGACAUUAGGUUGGGCAGAAGAGGAAGAAACAUCAUCACCACCCCCACCACCCAUUCACACAAACACCAUCACACACACAUGUGCACACACCAAAAGAGGCAAUUUUCAAAAGAUUUUUGCUGGCCAAAAAAAAGAAACGUGCCGCGCAUUUGGAGGAAAAAAAUAUAUAGAAAUACAUAUAGCUGGGAAAUAAGAAGCUACUAAGAUAAUUAAGAGAGAAAAAGAGACAGCGAGGGAGGAGAGAAAGAGACCAAAAUACCCGGAGAGAGAGAGAGAGACAGAGGACGUGGGCGCGCAGUUUUUGACAGUUGAGGGGCAACCAUCGGUGAUGUGGGACACAUCCCGCCACGGGCAAUGCAACAACCCCAACGUUAUAUACCGUCUGUAUCUGAUCUAUAUGGCACGGACGAGAUAGAACUGCUGCUGGACGAGAUUCGGGAGCUGGAGAUUGAGCCGGUCUGCUGUCAACUGGACGAUGAGCAGGACUUUGAGAUAGCUGGCAGCAGGGCCGGCGAGCUCUCCCACUCGCACUCGCACUCGCUGUCCUUGGAAUCCCCCCUCGGAACCUGCACCUCCUGGGACUCCCAUGCCAACUACAAGCAGAGGGGCGGGCACACCCCCCUGAGACCGUGGGGCGUCGCCCUCCACUGUGAUCCGCAACACUUGAAAUCGCCUACAGGGAUUGUGCGCAUACUAUUGGUGUUAUCCUCGGCUGCCUGUCUAGCCUGCGAAUGUUCCGCGGGGACCGUACAGGUGGGCCUCUUUCUACUGCCACUCAUCGGACGCCUGAGGCUAAUGGUCUUCUGUGCGCUAUUUUCGCUACUCAUCACAUGUCUCAUGCUCUUUCUGGAUAUAUCGCAUAUAGCUCUCAUGUUCCCAUUCAACUGGACUAAAGUGAAUACGUGGAUGUACCUGAGUAUUGGUUUGAUAUUUAUUUUGAGCUCCACGCUACUUGUUCACAUGGUGCUCUAUGCCACUGAAUACACAUGGGUAUCCAAGCACUCCAAGGACACGCUACUAGCCACUGGCAUAAUUGGCUAUUUAUGCGCCCUGGAGGCAUUUCUUCUUUCGGGCAUCGCAUCCUGGCCAUGGACUCAGUACCGUCAGGUGCCCGACGAUGCCAGUGAAUUGUUUAUCGAGGAUCGCGAGAUGACGCCGAUGAGUCCCAUUAAUUGUAGCACCGAUCUGCAGGCGACGCCAUAUCAUCACAAUGGCAAUGCAACAUCAUCGGAUCUAUAUAACCAACAACAACAACAAUCGUCCUAUAAUCAAAAGCCUUAUAUACCUGCCAAACGACCCAAUGAGCUCAACAAUCAGCGUCCAGCAUUGGGUCACACUCAAACCGCACGGUCGAAACCCAAUCAGCGCUAUAGAGAGGGCUACCACUAUCACACAUCCCGCCAGAGUCCCACUUUCGUGAUGGGCGAUGAUCAGGGUGCCGGUCCAUCCACGUCCCGUUCCAAUGAUAAUUCUAGUGCGUGAUAGUUUUUAAUUCCUCUGCCAGAAGAACCGCGAAGAGAAAGGAAUAAUUACAGAGAUCUCUGAACUAUAAAAUUGGAGAAAAUAAAUUGGAAGAAUGUUGAAGCAAGUUGGUCAAUGUAAGAAGUGAACAAAGAAAAAAAAAAAAAUUGUUAAUUAGUUUAAAAACCACAAGCAAAACUCGUCGGGUUUAGAAGUUGAUACACCAACAGAGAAAAUAUUUAAGCAGCCGAGCAAAGCAAACAAUAAUAAAUUUAAUAUAUUGUGUGUGUAUAUGUACUACAAGCCGAGAGAGAAAUUUAAAGAAUUUAAACCAAAAGAAAUUUGAAACGAAGAUCAACCAGAUCAACGCCCAUUUGAUUAGUUGUACGAACACCAAACAUUUGAAAUUGGUCAUUUGUUGAGCUAUAACUACAAAAAGAAGUGAAAGUUUAAUUGGUAAUAAUACGGUAUCAAG